AUGAACUCGCUGAACAUCUUAUCCUCGCGAGUCAUUGGCCAGUCUUCCAGCUCGACGCGCCCACGAUCGCACUCACAGAGCGAGAAACGCCGUGAAGCUCCGCCCACUGACCUCGCCAAAUUUCGAUCCUAUAGCGAAAAUAAUUUUCGAACUAGCCUUGUCUCCGAAAAGGGUUAUGACGGUAGCGCAUCAUUAGCGGACGGCGACGGAGAAGACACGCCACAUUCAUUUGACGAGACAACAUCCUUAUUACAAGGCUCCCAACACGAUGGCGCUAUCGUGACUAAAAGCACCUGGCGACUAGUCACCAGGCGGAUCUUCGAUGCGAUCACCGAAACUAUCCGGUUCAUUCUUUCCACGAUCGCGGCACCUGGUGUAUAUAUCGCUCAAUGCUUCCAAAACGACGAUGGUUAUUAUUCGCUUCUCGCUCCAGUGAGGAAAAUCUGGAGAACGUCUGCCGAAUCCAGGAUCCGGCCGGUUAAAGGGACCUCUCGGGUAGAAAAUCGGCGACGGAGUGGCUCCACCCGCAAGUUGAAACCGCAGGCAUCUCGAGACUCUAUACUAUCCACAACAUCCGAAUCAGAUGCAGAUCGAAGAAAUGCCAGAGACUCCACGAGCUCAAAGACUCGACCGCAUAAAACCGACCACAAACAAGAUCAGGACUCGAAUGAAAGCACACCGCGGCGGUCUAUACGGAUCAAACUCAAUAACGAGGAAACACUCAAUAAUAGACAACGACAACGACGAACGCAAAGUGCAGACUUGGGUGGACCGAUGCCAGAGGGUGUGAGCCGGGUUCAAGCGACUGUCAACCCGGACAAUCUGAAGUCUCCCAUGUCCCCAUCUGUUCAUCGCAUUACGAAAUACCCUCACUCUCCGAAUCCGCCGCGACCUCUUCUCCCCCAACGAUUGCCUUCAUAUACAGCCGCUCCUCGCAAUGCCAGGCUCCCUCAAAAGACUCUGGUGCUAGAUCUCGACGAGACGCUGAUUCAUUCGCUUGCUAAGGGUGGGCGUAUGUCCAGUGGCCACAUGGUCGAGGUCAAGCUUUACAUGCCUACUACUGCCUUGGCCCCUGGGGGGCCACAGACAACUUUGGGUCCUCAGCAUCCCAUCUUAUACUAUGUGCAUAAGCGGCCACACUGUGAUGAUUUUCUGCGCAAAAUCUGCAAGUGGUACAAGCUCGUCAUCUUCACAGCCAGUGUCCAAGAGUAUGCCGACCCCGUCAUUGACUGGCUCGAGUCAGAACGCAAGUACUUCCAAGCCCGAUACUACCGACAGCACUGCACACUCCGUAAUGGUGCCUACAUCAAAGAUCUUAGCUCCGUGGAACCGGACCUGAGUAAAGUGAUGAUCUUGGAUAACAGCCCAAUGAGCUAUAUCUUCCACGAGGAUAACGCGAUUCCUAUUGAGGGCUGGAUCAACGAUCCAACGGAUAACGGUCUGCUGCAUCUGAUACCUAUGUUGGAGGCAUUGCAAUAUGUCACUGAUGUUCGGGCGUUACUGGCUCUUCGCCGUGGUGAAAUCGAAGCGUAG